CAAGACUGUUUUUGUGCGGCUCGACUCACAUUGACAGACCGCCCCAAUGUCUCUGUCCGCGGAUGAAGAGCUGGUCAAGCAGUGGGAAAGUGAGCAGGCCAGUCUGAGAGAGCAUGUUGUGGAGGAAGACACAGAAGCUUGGCAGAGGAGACCCGACUUCUCUGGCCUAGAGAGGGUUGGUGGAGUGGACCUGUCCUUUAUCAAAGACGAUCAUGCCAAUGCCUGCGCCCAGCUUGUUGUACUCAACUACCCUGACCUGGAGGUGCUGUACGAGGACAGUCAGAUGGUGACCCUGACCGCACCCUACAUAGCUGGCUUCCUGGCCUUCAGAGAGACCCCCUACCUCCUGGAGGCCUUGCAGCGUCUGGAAAGUAGCAAACCUGAGCUGAUGCCUCAGGUGGUCUUUGUAGAUGGGAAUGGUCUCUUCCACUACAGAGAGUUUGGCUUGGCAUGCCAUCUCGGCGUGUUGUCGGGACUUCCUUGUGUGGGCGUGGCCAAAAACCUGCUGCAGGUGCAAGGUGUCAGCAAGAGCGAAGAGCACCAAUCACAGGUAGCCGCUCUGCAGAAAGGGGAGACAGCUUUCCCCCUCACAGCCACCUCGGGACGGGUUUUAGGGAAGGCCUUGCGUAGCUCAGAUACCAGCACCAAGCCGGUGUAUGUGUCUGUAGGCCAUAAGAUCAGCCUGGACACAGCCGUGAGCCUCACGUACUCCUGCUGCCGCUACCGAGUCCCCGAGCCCGUCAGACAGGCAGACAUUCGCUCCAGAGAGUACCUCCGCAUCCACUUCCCUGCUGCAGAGACAUGAGACAAGAAGGAGCCGGAUCACUCGAGCGGAGCCGCCGCCGCAGGAGCGAUGAAGAUGGGGGGGGGGCGGGGCUCUGUUCAGGAGCCACUUAAAAGCCUCUAAAACCCCGGACCGUGUCUCUCCUCACUUCCACGCCGUCUAACUUCUCUUUUUCUAUCGCACUCAGACGCAAGCGUACACAAGCGCCGGAGGGGGACCCGUAUCCGGGAGAAACCGUCUGGACGGAGGCGCCGCGACUUGCGCGUGUGCACUAAUUGGUUUUUAGGGCCGGGUUACAGCGACGCUUUGAGAUCAACUCGUUUUUAGAUCCCAGCUGCGUAUCUUGCCGGAUGUGGGUCAGGCUGGCUCUUUUUAUGUAAACCGCUCUUGUGAUAUUUUUGGGUCACUCGGCUUUUUUUUUAACAUCGGAGGGCUUUAAAUAAAUCAUGAAA